GCUGCCACUCCCAGCCCCUCGCCCGGUCGCCUCCGGGCCGCCGGCUUUGUUGGAGCGGAGGCGCAGAGACCGAUGUUGCCAGAGCAAUUGAAUUACUGGAAAAACUACAGGAAUCUGGAGAAGUACCAGUGCACAAGCUACAAUCCCUCAAAAAAGUGCUUCAGAGUGAGUUUUGUACUGCUAUUCGAGAGGUGUAUCAAUACAUGCACGAAACGAUCACUGUUAAUGGCUGUCCUGAAUUCCGUGCCAGGGCCACAGCAAAGGCAACAGUUGCAGCUUUUGCAGCUAGUGAAGGCCACUCCCACCCUCGGGUAGUCGAACUGCCAAAGACUGAUGAAGGCCUUGGUUUUAACGUGAUGGGAGGAAAGGAGCAAAACUCCCCCAUUUAUAUCUCUCGCAUCAUUCCUGGAGGGGUGGCCGAAAGACACGGAGGCCUCAAAAGGGGAGACCAGCUGCUAUCAGUGAACGGAGUGAGCGUGGAAGGGGAGCACCACGAGAAAGCGGUGGAGCUGCUCAAGGCUGCUAAAGACAGCGUCAAGCUGGUGGUCCGCUACACCCCCAAAGUCCUGGAAGAGAUGGAGGCGCGCUUCGAGAAGCUCCGCACGGCCCGGCGCCGGCAGCAGCAGCAGCAGCUCAUUCAGCAGCAGCAACAGCAGCAGCAGCAGCAGACACAGCAGAACCACAUGUCCUAGGUCCUUAAAGAGAAGCCACCUGAUCGAAGAUCUGAUAGUCACAAAUUCGAAACCGGGCUUCCGAAUCCCAGCACAUAGUAAAAGGAAGAGACCACAUUGAU